AUGGCCACCUCACCCUCUGCCACCCCCAUCUAUCACGACCCAAGGCCCACAAGAAACCGUCGAAGCUCCAGCCGUAAAAGCCUGGCUUCUCUUUCCAGGUCCGCCUCCCACAUCGACACUCCUCGCACCGCCUGCCCCAAGGAUAGUGAUGCCUUUAGCUACAAUCCCGUCCAUCUUCGUGCCUGGUUAAUACCUCAAGACCUCUGGGACCGCCUUCCGGCACCGGUCCAGUCGAGUCUUGCCGCUGUCCAGCACUCUGGCGCAGCUGUGCUGACUAUGCUUGCGCGAUAUUCACGUCUCAAAUCUCACCUCCCUGGCUCAGACCAACCGCUAAUCGCUCUAGGCUUUGAGCGUCUGGACAAGCAGGCAGAGAGUGCCAGCAGCAGUAGCCAUGAGUCCAAGGUGCCCAUGGACGAGUUACUCAUGAAGCUCGAGGAUCUCCCUCUCCCAAAGUUCCGUACCGUCAGCAACGCAAGCAGCGUGGUUCAGUCUGACAUAUCUUCUCCCAUCACGGAAGGAUCUUCUGGCUCGCAGUCGCAGUCGGAAUGCGCCUCUCCCAUGACGUCCUUCUCUUCCACCCAAGCUGUGCCCGUCUCGCCCAUCUCCCUAGGCCCUCCUGAACUCUUCAGCCAUUCCAGUCGAUCCCGUGACCGUUCCUUUUCCACACCACUCGAGCCUCAUGAUGCCUAUUUCGCCACCGAGCUCUCUCACCUCCACACCGAAGCUCUCCCACGACUUCGCCACAAGUGCCACAAGGUCGACACGGAGUGGCACGAGGCCAAGCGCGCCGGCAACUUCACUACUGACGUUAUGAACGACUUUGAGAAUUGCUGGGCUGAGAAGAAGUGCCUUGUUCUCAGCCUCAAUGAGAAGUGCAAGCGUCUAGCCAAUGCUCAUUGUGUCUCGUCGACGGGCAUGGGCUGGGCCGCUUCGUAG